UGAUUUUCUUUUUAAUCCAGGCACCCGCAAUCAUAUCAUCCAGCGCCUGGUAAAAAUCGUCGUCUGAUAAGGCCGGUGUGAUUUAAGGGGACGCAUCCCCUCCCAGCAGAUAUGCUCGCCGUGAGAAAGAAGAAAAUCCCCCGACGGGAAUCACUGCCGUUGUGUUAGCUGUUACUCCGAGGAGCUGUUUGAACAGUGGGACGGAGAGGGAGCUAGAGACUCUUCUCCAGCUCCAGCUGCCAUCCUACUCCUGCUCCUCCCCCUCCUUCUCCUCCUCCUCCUUCACCAGAACCACUUCUCUUUCUCAUCACAUCCAGAGCAUUUCGGAGAUGUGAAAAAUAGGAAGAGAUUGGUGAUAUUGAGCAGCCUGUGCAUUGACACGACCUCUUCACCUCAUCUUCAGCAUGAAUGGUGAUAUGCCUCAUGUUCCCAUCACUACUCUUGCUGGAAUUGCUAGCCUGACAGAUUUGUUGAACCAGCUGCCUUUGCCCUCUCCUCUCCCUGCCACCACUGCUAAGAGCCUUCUCUACAAUGGAAGGAUCUCCGAUGAGGUUAGCAGCCUCCUGGUGUGUCGGGACGAGAAUCUGGUGACUCAGCUGGCACAAGGCCUCAACCAGGUCUCCACUGAACACAUAGAGCUGAAGGACAACCUGGGAAAUGAUGAACCCGAGGGUGAAAUGCCAAUGCUUCUUCAAACAUUACUGUCCAGGAACCCAAAAAUCUUCGGGGACAAAAGCGUACUGCAACAGCCACUGAUACAGCAGUAUAAAGUGUCUCAGAAUCAGGUGCAUGGGAGUCCAGGAGCAAAUUAUCAGCAAACCACUGUCACUCAGAGUCCCUCUGGGUGCUAUACAUCCCAACAGUCAGGACCAGGCUCUCGGUUUGUAACCCAACAGAACAGCCCCAUACCCAGUCCCUACACCCCCCAGAGUCCUGCAGACUAUAUGCAGUACAACCCACCUAGUUAUUCUCAACACCAACAGACUCAGCAAGUUUCUAGUGUUGUGAGAACUAUUCAUGACAACAAGGUACCUGGACAUCUGUCAACUAAUUCAUCUCAUCAUAAUGUGGGACUAACUGGCUCAGAUGAAGACUACAUGAACAUGGCUCACAGACUGCGACAUGAGGAGAAUGACCCUUCCAUAAGGGCCUCCAAGUUUUCAGUUAAAUCACCACAGCCUGUGUGUUCCCCUACCGGGAGUGAGGAGGCUGUGAAAAGAUCCAGGCGGUCCCUUAUCAUGCAGUCCCCUCCACCUGAUACACCUCCAAGUGCAGCUCCAAACCUGCUCCUCACCUCCACUGACCGCAAAAGAAAGCAGAGAGAAAAUAUUAAAGAAGAUCACAAGCAGAAUGACACUAAUGCUUUGUAUGGCAUCGUAAGCUCUCCAUUAAAAGACUCAGCCAGGCUGACUUUGAAACUGACACGAGUGAAGAGUCCAGACAUGGAUCAAUCCCAUAUCAGCUCACAUGAAAGUGAUUCAACAAAUACCAAUAACCAGCAGUCAAGAACCACCCAGGACUUGUCCCACAAGUUAAAUACUGAAGAGCAGCCAAACUGUCAACAGGUUCCCAUCCAGCAAAAUUCCAAGGAGACUGGAGUCAUGGGUGGAGUUAUGUCUGAUGAUGCCGAGAUUGAGACAUUCGUAGAGAUGGACAGAAUAGAACCUGAGUCAGCAAGCGAGAGAGAAAAGUGUACAAAAGAGGUCCAAGAUAAAGAUAAGCCGCUAAAGAAGCGGAAGCAAGACUCAUACCCUCAGGAAUCUGGAGCUGAGCCAAAUGAUGGCCCAGCUGCUUCAGGGGACAAUUCUGACAGCACGCCAACACCCAAGAAGAUGAAUACCGCGAGUAAUGGUUCCAGUCGGCCUGCUUUGAUGGUCAGUAUCGAUCUGCAACAAGCUGGAAGAUUUAUAAGACAGCCUGUAGUCGUACUGGAGCCCCAGCAACUGUGUGAGGACCACCUAAGGCGCAUAAAGUCAAAGACUGACAAAAAAGUGGAUAAAGUUGUCGAAAACAGACCUGAGAUCAUCAAACAGCAUGGUGACAAGUCAAGGAAAUCUGGCUCUGAAGGGCAACAGGAUACUCCUAAACAGAAGCAGGACAGCCGUCGUGAAUCCAAACACAGACAUGAUGGAAAAACUGAAAGCGGCAAGGGACACACAGAUGACAGACAGCAGGACACGCCACAGCAGAGACAUGAUAGGCAUUCAGACUCAGGCCACAAAGAAGAAAAGAACCACAACAGUCACAAAUUCAGUGUCAGCCAAGCCAAGAGUCCAAAAACCACGAGAGAAGUGGAGCAGAACUCCAGACAAGGAGAAGAAAGAGUGAGGGAUAGAGAAAGAGAUAAGGAAAGGGGUAAGGAAAGAGAAAAAGAUAAGAAAAAAGAAGACAGAAAAGAAGACAGAGAAAGAGUUAAAGAUAGGGAUAAGCAUAGAGAUAUGAGUAAAGAUAGAGGCAAGGAUAGAGAAAGAAGUAAAGAUAGGGAAAAGGAUAGAAAUAGAAGCAAGGAUAGGAAUAAAGAGAGAGACAGAAGCAAGGAUAGGGAAAAAGAGAGAGAAAGAAGCAAGGAUAGGGGAAAGGAGAGAGAAAAAAGCAAGGAUAGGGACAGGGAGAGAGACAGAAGCAAGGACAGGGAAAAAGAGAGAGAAAGAAGUAAAGACAGGGAUAAGGAGAGAGAUGGAGAUAGAGAAAGGAAAAGGGACAGGGACAAAAACAAAGACAAGAAAAGGGACAGAGAUAAAGACAAGGAAAGGAAAACUAAGUUUUUGUCAAGUGAAAACUGUAACCGACACUCUCCUGAUCGAAAUAAUAAACCUGACAGCACUAAAACACAAGAAGCUGAAAGCAGAAAAUCUAGUGAUCAGAAUGGUCGACAGAGGGCAAACACUUCCAGCCUUCAAAAUGCCCAAAACAAGGAUGAGAGGUGCAGUGGUGACAGUCAAGCUGGAAGCAAGCAACAGUCUUCAGAGAUCAUAGCUAGCAAUUUCCCCGCAUACCUGCUGGGUGACAAAAAAGACAGUCUGAAAAAUUUUGUGAUUCCUAAACUGAAACGAGAUGGGAAAGAUCCUCAACCUCCAAGCCAACUGAAAAACACCUUCCCAGAACCCAGAGUCUGUCUGGAAAGAGUAUCCCUCAUAAAGAACUUAAGUAAAACAGCUAAGCCUGUUGUCGUGGUUAAGAAACUCAGUAUUGAUGAAGUUAAAACCAUCAUUAAAGAAAGCCGGAAUGCACACAGAUCCAGGAACUGGUCCUCGUUUGACAGAUCUGGGAGAGGAUCACUUUAUGACAACAAGAGAAGGCACAGCAUGAUGAGUAAGAAAUCGAAAUACAAAGAGGUGGACUCAGAUGAAGAUGAGGAUAAGGAUGAAGACAAAGACUCUGAGGAAGACUCUGAGGAUCAGACUCCAAGGAAGAGGCACAAGAAAGAUCAUGACAAGACAUGGAAGUUCGAACAGAAGAGAGGUUCAGGAGAUCGUCGUCAUAACCGUCGAGGGUCAAGCGGUCGACACAGAGGCUGGAACUCUGAUGACUCAGAUGACGGCUCUCCUCCUCCAAGCCUGAAUGAUGUUGCCAAAAGAAUGCAGAAACAGAAACAAAAAAACAGGAAGGUGUACGAAUGCAAGAUGACACACGAAGAAAUAAUAGAGUCCUCCACCUUUAAGAGAUUUACCUCAAGUUUGGACAACAUUCUUGAGAGCCUUGAAGAUGUGGAUCUGACUGCAGCAGAUGACGAUGAUGAUGAGAUACCUCAGGAGCUCUUGCUUGGAAAGAACCAGUUAGGCGAGUUAGGCAGUGAUUCUGCCAAGCUCAAAGCUAUGGGUGCUUUUAACAAGUUCCCCUCUGAUAAACUGGUGAAAAUCUUGACUAUACUGGAGAAAAACAUUCAGGACAGUGUCAAACUUUCCACAUUAAUGAAUCAUGGUAAUGAUUCAGUGGAUGAGGAGCGUCUGUGGCGUGACCUUAUCAUGGAGCGGGUGACCAAAUCUGCUGAUGCCUGUCUGACUGCGCUCAACAUUAUGACAUCUCCACACAUGCCCAAGGCUGUGUAUAUAGAGGAUGUGAUAGAGAGAGUGCUGCAGUUCACCAAGUUCCAUCUACAAAACACUUUGUACCCGCAGUAUGACCCAGCCUACAGAGUGGAUCCCCAUGGAGGUGGCAUGCAUACUUCAAAGUCCAAGAGAGCAAAAACUUCCACCCACAAGCAGAAGGUGGUGAUUAUACUCUAUGAUAAAGUCUGUGAUAUUGUCAGCAACAUCGCCGAGCUCCUGGAGAUCCAGCUGCUAACAGACACCACUAUUCUCCAGGUGUCCACUCUGGGUAUUACUCCUUUUUUUGUGGAGAAUGUCAGUGAACUGCAGCUAUGUGCCAUCACACUAGUGACAGCUGUGUUCUCACGAUAUGAGAAACACAGACAGCUCAUUCUUGAAGAGAUCUUUACCUCCCUGGCUAGACUGCCUACAAGUAAACGCAACCUUAGGAACUUCAGACUGAACAGUAUUGAUUCAGAUGGAGAGUCCCUGUAUAUCCAGAUGGUGACAGCACUGGUUCUCCAGCUCAUCCAGUGUGUAGUACAUUUCCCCUCAGAAAAAGAGGAGGAACAUAACAAAAAGGUGGAUAAAGAUGCUCUGAUCACAAACUCUUAUGAAACUGCCAUGCGGACAGCCCAGAACUUCCUUUCAGUGUUUCUUAAGAAGUGUGGCAGUAAACAGGGAGAGGAGGACUACAGGCCCCUGUUUGAGAACUUUGUUCAUGAUCUACUGUCUUCUGUCAACAAGCCCGAGUGGCCUGCUGCUGAACUGCUGCUCAGUCUAUUGGGCCGGCUGUUGGUGCACCAGUUCAGUAACAAACAGACAGAGAUGGCGCUCAGAGUGGCUUCACUGGACUACCUUGGCACGGUCGCUUCCAGUCUUCGUAAAGAUGCUGUCACAAGCAAGAUGGACCAAAAGGAUAUUGACCGCAUCCUGAGAGAGAAUCCAGGUGAUGAUGAGAUCCAACAACUCCAGAAGGCAUUGCUGGACUUUCUAGAAGAAAACACUGAGACAGAUUCUGCUUUAGUGUUCGCCAGGAAGUUUUAUAUUGCUCAGUGGUACCGGGACACAACAACUGAGGCAGAGAAAGCGAUUAAGUCUCAAAAUGACGACGAGGAUAUGAGAGGACGACAUUGCUCCCACGAAGUUGACUCAACAGCUGAGAUUAUGCAGAGGGCCGACGCACGAAAGAAAUUUCUCCGCAAGAUCAUCAAGACACCUCCAUCACGUUUCAGCUCUCAAAGAUCAAACUCUGACACGGUGGACUAUGAGGACUCCUGUCUGAUCGUCAGAUACCUGGCCUCUAUGAGGCCGUUUGCACAGAGCUUUGAUAUUUAUUUAUCACAGAUUCUGAGAGUGCUGGGUGAGAGCGCCAUUGCAGUCAGAACUAAGGCUAUGAAGUGUCUGUCUGAAGUUGUAGCUGUUGAUCCAAGUAUUUUGGCACGGUUGGACAUGCAACGUGGGGUUCAUUGUCGCCUAAUGGACAACUCCACCAGUGUGAGAGAGGCUGCUGUGGAGCUCCUUGGACGCUUUGUGCUCAGCCGACCGGAGCUCAUUGAGCAGUACUAUGACAUGCUCAUAGAAAGGAUACUGGACACAGGUAUUAGUGUGAGAAAGAGGGUCAUUAAGAUCUUGAGGGACAUAUGCCUGGAGCAGCCAGAUUUCCACAAGAUCACAGAGAUGUGUGUCAGGAUGAUCCGUAGGGUCAACGAUGAAGAGGGCAUCAAGAAACUGGUGAAUGAGACCUUCCAAAAACUUUGGUUCACCCCUACACCGAGUCACGACAAAGAAGCAAUGACCCGCAAGAUACUGAACAUCACAGAUGUGGUGUCAGCAUGUAGAGAUUCAGGCUAUGACUGGUUUGAACAGCUUCUUCAGAAUCUGUUGAAAUCAGAGGAGCAAGCUUCAUACAAACCUACAAAGAAGGCCUGUGUUCAGCUGGUGGACAACAUAGUGGAACACAUUCUGAAAUAUGAGGAGUCUCUUGCAGACUGUGAGGAUAAAGGAGUGAACUCAGGUCGUCUGGUAGCGUGCAUCACCACGCUCUAUCUAUUCAGCAAGAUCAGAGCACAGUUAAUGGUCAAACAUGCCAUGACUAUGCAGCCCUACUUGACCACCAAGUGCAAUACUCAAAAUGACUUCAUGGUGAUAUGUAACGUGGCAAAGAUCCUGGAGCUUGUUGUGCCUCUGAUGGAGCACCCGAGUGAGACUUUCCUCACUACCAUAGAAGAGGACCUGAUGAAGCUCAUUAUCAAAUACGGCAUGACGGUUGUUCAACACUGUGUAAGCUGUCUUGGUGCGAUUGUGAAUAAGGUGACACACAACUAUAAGUUCGUCUGGGCUUGUUUCAAUCGGUACUAUGGAGCUCUGGCGAAACUGAAGACACAACACCAAGAAGACCCAACUAGCUCCACUCUGGCUGUGAACAAACCCACACUCCUGCGCUCACUGUUUACUGUGGGGGCUCUCUGUCGACACUUUGAUUUUGACCAGGAGGAGUUCAAAGGGGCUAACAAGAUCAUCAUCAAGGAAAAAGUGUUGGAGCUUCUGUUGUACUUCACCACUCAUGAGGAUGAGGAGGUCCAGAUCAAGGCCAUCAUAGGUCUAGGCUUCCAGUUCAUCAUGCACCCUGAGCUCAUGUUUGUGCAGGAUGUGAAGGUUCUGUACAACGGCACCCUGUCAGAUGAGAACAGUUCAGUCAAUUUGAAGAUCCAGGUGUUAAAAAACCUGCAGACGUACCUGCAAGAGGAGGACAACCGAAUGCAGGAGGCUGAUCGUGAAUGGAAGAAACAAGCCAAGGAGGAGAAUCUUAAAGAGCUGGGGGACAUUGCAUCAGGCAUGAGUAGCUCCAUAAUGCAGAUUUACCUGAAGCAGGUCCUGGAGUCCUUUUUCCACUCAAAGUCCACUGUGCGACACUUUGCCCUGAGUGUGAUCACACUGACUCUCAGCCAAGGCCUCAUCCACCCUGUUCAGUGUGUACCCUACUUGAUUGCCAUGGGGACAGACCCUGAACCAACCAUGAAGAACAAGGCGGAUCAGCAGUUGGUUGAGAUCGACAAGAAAUAUUCAGGCUUCAUUCAUAUGAAGGCUGUAGCAGGACUGAAGAUGUCUUACCAGGUACAACAGGCCAUAAAUGACUCCAAAAGCAAAGCGAUUCGAGGUUUUCGCCAUGAGGACACAGACUCGGCUCUCUGCUCUCAUCUGUACUCCAUGGUCCGUGGGAACAGACAACACAGACGGGCUUUCCUCAUUUCCCUUCUUAACCUUUUCGAUGACAGUUCUAAAACGGAGGUGAACAUGCUGCUGUUCGUAGCAGACAACCUGGCCUGCUUCCCCUACCAGACCCAGGAGGAGCCUCUUUUCAUCAUGCACCAUGUUGAUAUCACUCUGUCUGUCUCUGGCAGUAACCUGCUCCAGUCUUUCAAGGAGUCUUUAAAGAAAGGACCGGUGCAGCAGGAAAGACCGAAACAGGAAAAGAAAAAGAAGAUAAAGAAGACAAAAAAGAGAAAGAAGAAGAAGAAGAAGAAGCAGUCUCAUAGGAGGAAGCACAGCUCUGAUGAUGAUGAUGAUGAAGAUGAGGAGGAGGAGAGCAGUAGCAGUUCCAGCAGCAGUUCCAGCAGCAGCAGCAGCAGCAGUAGCAGCAGUGAUGAGGAAGAGGUAGUGGAAAAGAAGAAGAAAUCCACAUCUGUUGAUUCAGAUUCCGACCUGGAAGACGAGGAAGUGGUAAUGCUCCGUCUACCUGAUGACCCUGCCCCACUGCUGGACUUUGCCAGCGCCUCACAAGGAAUUCUGCUGCUGCUGGUGCUCAAACAGCAUCUGAAGAAUCUGUACGGCUUCUCAGACAGCAAAAUCCAGAAGUACUCACCGACAGAGUCCGCCAAAGUGUACGACAAAGCAGUGAACAGGAAAUCUAAGGUGCACUUCAACCCUCGUCAGACACUGGAUUACCUGAAGAACGAUACAGCUAACAUGGAACUCAGCCGUGACACCAAGAGGAACAUUGUCAAACAGUUUUUGGAUUUCAAGGUUCUGAUGGAGCACUUGGAUCGUGAUGAAGAAGAUGAAGAGGGCGAAGCCAGUGCCAAUGCCAGAAACAAAGCCAUCACUUCACUGCUGAAGGGCCCAAAGCCUGAAAACCACAAACACAAUAAUCACACAGCUCCUGUGGAGUCAGAGGAAGAGGAGAGUGAGGAGGAAGAGCCCCCUGUGCGGAAACCAAGAAAAGGUGGGGAAGCCGCCGAGGAUUUGGGCCACUUGAAUGAGAAAGUGGAGGUCAUGGAUGUGGUUGCCAUCUGCCGUCCCAAGUACAAAGACAGACCACAGAUUGCCAGGGUUGUCCAGAAGACCAGAAACGGCUACAGCAUACACUGGAUGACUGGAUCUUACUCUGGGCCCUGGUCUGUGGCAAAGAAACGGGAUGGUCGCAAAAAGGUGCCUUGGGUCGACACCAUCAAGGAAUCAGACAUUAUUUACAAGAAGAUCUCCUUGACGAGCGGACAAAAACUGUCAAACAAAGUGGCACAGACGUUACGGGCUCUUUACGCUGCUAAGGAGGGGAAAUAAAGAGUUAAUCAACUGACAGACAAAAUCCUCAUGGCCCAAAUCUAUAUGGAUCUGGUAUGUUACAGAGAGAAAAAAGGAAGACUUAAGGUUCAGAAGUAUUGUGAACACUGGUCUGUUGAACACAGACAUGUUUUAACACAUGAAAACAGAAGGAAAUGUUUGGGAAAAACAUUGUGUGGGAGUUCCUUCGCUGUUGUGCAGCAACUUGGUUGUUUGAUUUUUACUCCCACUGUAUCAUAGUUUAAUUACACACAUGUUUAUAUCUGAACAUAAUUCUGUAAAAAGUUACUGAAUGUUGGAAAUUAGUGUACUGAUGAUGUUCUUAAUAAAGUGUUUUUCGGAGUUUAAA